CUAAUGGCCACAACCUGGAAAUCUUCGCAUUGAAUUUCACCGUAACCAACCUGUUGUUCGCGGAAGACAUGGGUCGCCCCGGUUCGGGCAUUUUCAAUUCCACAGAGAGACUGGUGCAGCGUGUGCUUAACCCGUUAUUGAAGCAAAGCAGCAUUGGGGCCUCAUAUGUUGAAUGCAAAGUGAUUGCCCUGAGAUCCAUGAAUCGUGGCUCAGCAACUGCAAUAGAUGCUUUGUGCAGCCGGCGAUGGGAACCAAAUACUACCGCUCUAGAUAGACAAAAAGUGUAUUGGGAACUGAGCAACCAGACCCAAGGCAUCACCAGCCUGGGCCCCUAUAUUCUGGACAAGAAUAAUUUCUUCCUCGAUGGGUAUAGUGAAUACCAUCCCAUGGAACACCUAACCA